GUUUGGUUCUGGUCUGUCCCUUAUUGAUGGAGGGAAACAAUUAACUUCCUGAGUUUGACGACAAUAAUAGUGACGUUGUAAGCGAUUGGCCUGGAGGUUUACGAGGCUCGUUUGGUGACUCUCCUGACACUGAAAGGUUUACGAGACUCGUUUGGUGACUCUCUUCCGACACUGAAAGGAGGCACAAAACAGAUGAAGCACAAAGUUGGGAGAAAGUCGAUGCAGAGCAACAGGACAAUCAUGUGGCUGUGCUAGCCGUGGAUUACAAAAUAUUUUGUACCCUUUCCUUGUUUGGAAUGCUUGUCUGAAAGAUCUAUAUUUUUACAUAUUGCUGCCCUGAAGUUACUACGCACUAAAAGAAAGUUAUGUGUUGGGAAUGGCCAGACUAGCGAUCAAGAUACAUCGCUGCUUCCACAGGAAGCCAUUACGAUUCUUCACCUUCAUUAUGGUUUACCUCAUGGCUGGAAGUCUGCUGUUCCUGCACUCAGGCUUUGUAGGAGACAGCACUGUCGCUGGGAGGGCCUCACCCCACAGAGAGGGGGCACCUCACACAGCCUUGGGUUCUCCUCGUGGCCUCCAACAUUUCUCCUUCCUGCCCUUCGGGAGGGUAAAUCAGGAGGCACCACGGAAGGAGCAGUGGCCGGCCCUGCCUCCAGCCCUGCCCAGAAGGUACGGACCGCCGUGGCUGAAACCAGUCUUGCAGGACGCCCUGGACAAGCUGAGAUCUGGGGAGCCCAUCGGCAGCUGGAGUCGAGCGUUGAAGGGGAAAAUGUCGAGGGAUCAGGAAGAGAACAGAGCAAGAUAUAUCGGCUGUUAUCUCGACAGCAACAAGCAGAGGGCAUUAAGGGGAACAGCGUUCUUUGACUACAGAAAGAUGACCAUAUUUCGUUGCCAGGACAACUGUGCUGAAAGGGGCUAUCAGUACGCGGGCCUGGAGUUCGGAGCUGAAUGUUACUGUGGACACAGAAUCCAAACCCAGAACACCACUGAGUCCGAGUGCAACAUGGAGUGUAAGGGGGAAAAGAGCAGCACGUGCGGAGGCCCAAACCGGCUGUCCGUCUACCGACUGGAGCUGACCAAUGACUCCGCCAGACGCUAUGGCAGUGCCUUGUUCCGAGGAUGUUUCAAAAGACCAGCGAACGUUUCCCUCACCCUGCCCACCAGCACCAUCCUGCUGAACAUGUCCGUGCAUAAAUGUGUGGACCACUGCACCGAGAAGGAGUACACGCUGGCUGUGCUGGGAGGCGUAACGUGUCACUGUGGCUUCCCUACCAUGCAUUUCACACUGCAUGCCCCAGAGGACGAGCACCUGUGUGCCCAGAAAUGCACCGGUGAGGAAUACGAGCACUGCGGGAAUGUGGAGUACUACGUUGUUUAUCAAACCCAAGUGCAAGAUAACCGUUGCAUGGAUCGGCGGUUUCUGCCCGUACACUCAAAACGCCUUGUGGCCUUGGCCAGCUUCCCGGGAGCGGGGAACACGUGGGGCCGACACCUGAUGGAGCUCACCACAGGCUACUACACGGGCAGCUAUUAUUUUGAUGGCUCUCUCUACAACAAAGGUUUCAAGGGAGAGCGGGACCACUGGAAAAGUGGGCGGCUGAUUUGUAUAAAGACACACGAGAGUGGCAGGAAGGAAAUCGAAUCAUUCGACGCUGCAAUCCUUCUUAUCCGGAAUCCUUACAAAGCACUGAUGGCUGAAUUUAACCGUAAAUACGGAGGUCACAUUGGCUUUGCCUCCGAGGCCCACUGGAGAGGGAAAGAAUGGCCUGAGUUUGUGAAGAACUAUGCACCUUGGUGGGCAUCCCACACCCUCGACUGGUUAAAGUACGGCAAGGAAGUCCUUGUGGUCCACUAUGAAGAUCUAAAGCACGAUCUGUUCAACCAACUGAAAAAGAUGGUGUCCAUCCUGGGCCUCAGUGUCUCCGAUGACAGGCUGCUCUGUGUGGAGAGCCAAAAGGAUGGGAACUUCAAACGCUCUGGCCUCAGAAAACUGGAAUAUGAUCCCUACACUCCUGAGAUGAGGAAAAUGAUUGAUGCUUUUGUCAAGACUGUAGACGUGGCCCUCAAACUGAGAAACCUAACUGGUGUUCCUGAGGAUUACGCCCCCAGAUGAUUUUGUUGGUAAAUGCUUUUGGGACAUAGCUGUGUUCUCUCUUUCCCCGGUCAGUAUUCCUUCUCCCACAGUGGGUGGCUUCUUUUAAUAUUCAACAGCUAUUAGCUUCCUAAGUACUUCCAGCAUCUAGAAAGAAGUUCACCGGAUAUAAAUAGCUGGGGUUGUCAGUAACUGUAGAGCCAGGAAGCAGCCUUUAGGAAGUGGAGUGUUGCCAGGAUCAGUGACUGCCUGAAGUUCGCCACAAUGUAGAAGGAAGUAUUUGUAUGAUCCUUGAGCUUUGUGACCUGCAAGAGCCAGAGGUUGCCACCAAGUGGAGGGAGAUAUGUGUGGCCCGUGGGCUUUGUGACAAAGUAAAGAAGGAGUUUGCCACCAUGUGAAAGGAGAUAUCAAUGUGGCCCAUGGGCUUUGUGACAAAGGGAAGCUGGAGUUUACCACAGUGUGGAAGGAGAUAUCAGUGUGACCCAUGGACAGUGUGGAGGGAGAUACCAGUGUAGCCCAUGGGCUUUGUGACAAAGGGAAGCUGGAGUUUACCACCAUGUGGAAGGAGGUAUUUGUAUGAUUCUUGAACUUUGUGACCUGCAGGAGCCGGAUAUUACCACUAAGUGGAAGGAGAUAUCAGUGUGACCCAUGGGCCUUGUGACAUUCCGAAACUGGAGUUUGCCAUGGUGUGGAAGGAGAUAUCAGUGUGACCCAUGGGCUUUGUGACAAAGUAAAGAAGGAGUUUGCCGCCAUGCGAAAGGAGAUAUCAGUGUGGUCCAUGGGCUUUGUGACCUGCAGGAACUGGAGUUAGCCACAGUGUGGAAGGAGAUACCAGUGUGACUUGUGGACCUUGUGACAUUCAGGGACUGGAGUUUGCCACAGUGUGGAAGGAGAUAUCAGUGUUGUCCACGGGCUUUGUGACAUGCAGGAGCUGGACUUAGACCUUUGCUACCGUUUUUAAUGCUGUUCUUAGACUGUCAAAUCUGGAGCGGAGUUGCAGAGAAAAGUAGAGACUGUGAUUGGUUGGAAUGAAUAUGGAGAGGAACCAGACAAGAGCUGACCUGCCUUUUACCGAGGAGGGAGUGGGAAGGGCAAGUUGGGAGAAAGCAUGUACUUACUAAUUUCAACCAACACAGCCAUCUGGAUUACACCACAACUGGCACACCACAAGUGGUUUAUCAGGUGCAAACCUAUCCGGCUUUGAUUGAGAACACAGCCACUGUCUUGCUCUUCCACACCUUCCUCAAAAUCUGAAUUGAUUUUGGGCUGUUGUUUAGAGUUCAGGCCUGGCAAAUUCAUUCACGAAGAACAUCUGGGAUGAUCAACAUACUUAAUAUGACAGGACACCACCGCCUGUUUCCUGCUCCUUUCAGAACACGAUCAACCACUUCUCUCCUCCACUACCUGCCAAACUGUGGUGACUCAUGUCAGAAUGAAACCAGUGUAUUUUAUAAACAUGGCAGCAGAUCUUACCUCACUGAUAUGACGCAGAGCCUUUGUUGUGGAGGUUUGUUGAGUCAUCUCCAAUCCAAUCUGCCAAGGGUGGGAAGAACGGGACUCUCUCUCUCUCUCUCAAGACAUACUACCCCAUGAGAGCACCAAGAGUGAACCAAAAUAUUGGGAAACAAAAAAUAAAUGUGAUGAACUCAUGCCUGUGAUUAACUAUAUAACUAUAUGAGAGAGAGAGAGAGAGAGAGAGAGAGAGAGAGAGAGAGAGAGAGAGAGAGAGAGAAAGAGAGAGAGAAUUUUGAUAUAAUUGGGGUCAAUGAUUUUCAUUGGGUAACUCAAUAAAACACUCAUUUCCAUUCGACUUUCUUUGAGAAGCUACAUGAGUGGAUUAGGAAAGUAAUUAGAGUAGAACUAUACAAAACUGCAGAUCAAUUGAAAGGACACAAUGGAUGAAAUGGACUCCUGCUGUGCUGUCAUUGUUCUAGUUAAAAUGCUCUAAUCAUUCAUUUGAGAUCCAUUAAUGAACAGUUUUGUGUUA